CGACAUAGCACAACAAUAACACGGACGUCUGGGUGAAAAAUUUAGAACUUCUCUCACGCUUUUACUUUUUUUUAUAGGCUAAAAAGAUGAUAUUUUUUGACGUUAUUGUGUUUGCUUGUUGUUGCUGUUACUCAUACGGAGUGACAGGCGGAAACCAGCCAAUUCAGACAUUUGUAAUUCCUCACAGUCACAUGGAUGUUGGCUGGGUGUACACUAUUCAGGAGAGCAUGCAUGCCUAUGCUGCUAAUGUGUACACCAGUGUGACUGAGGAGCUGUCAAAGGUUAAAGACCGCAGGUUCAUCGCUGUAGAGCAGGAGUUUUUCCGACUAUGGUGGGACACUGUUGCCACAGACACCCAUAAGAAACAAGUACGACAGCUCGUAAAAGAAGGAAGACUGGAGUUCAUUAUUGGGGGCCAAGUGAUGCAUGACGAGGCUGUAACUGAUCUAUAUGAUGAGAUAUUGCAAAUGACAGAGGGCCAUGGCUUCCUCUAUGAGACGUUUGGGGUGCGUCCUCAGUUCUCCUGGCAUGUGGAUCCUUUUGGAGCCUCUGCCACCACACCGGUCCUGUUUGCCCUGGCAGGUUUCAAUGCCCACCUCAUCUCCCGCAUUGACUUUGACCUUAAAGACACCAUGCAGAAAAACAAGAAACUACAGUUUGUUUGGCGAGGUUCUCCCUCCUUGAAAUCCCUUCAAGAGAUCUUCACUCACACUAUGGACCAGUUUAGCUAUUGCACUCCCUCCCACCUGCCAUUUUCCAAUAGCUCUGGUUUCUAUUGGAAUGGAGUUGCCUUGUUCCCAGACCCACCUAAAGAUGGAGUCUACCCAAACAUGAGCCUGCCUGUCACCAAGGAGACAGUACAUGCCUAUGCCCGCACCAUGGUGGAGAACAUCAAGCAGAGAGCUGCAUGGUUUAGAACCAACCAUGUGCUCUGGCCAUGGGGCUGUGACAAACAGUUUUACAACUCAUCAGUGCAGUUCAACAAUAUGGAUCCAUUAAUGAAGUACAUUAACCAGAACAGUAAAGAGUUGGGGGUGACAGUCCAGUAUGCUACUUUAAGUGAAUACUUCCAAGCCAUCUACCAAUCAAAUCUUACAUGGGAAGUCCGCGAGAGUGAUGAUUUUCUGCCAUAUUCCACUGAGCCCUACCAGGCAUGGACCGGGUUUUAUGCCUCCCGAAAUGUUUUGAAAGGGGUAGCACGACAGGCCAGUUCCCAGCUGCACUCUGCAGAGACUCUUUUCACCCAGUACCGAAUCAGCUUCCCUGAUGGGCCUGUAGCUAAAGACUGGGCCAUGGACAAACUGAGGGCACUUCGCUGGGCUGUCUCUGAGGUGCAACACCAUGAUGGCAUCACUGGCACUGAAUCUCCUAAGGUGGCAGACAUGUACUUGCAGCAUCUCCUGCAGGCCAUGAUGGGAGUGGAGGAGCUUCUGGCUGCACUCUUUCUGCUGCCUCACAACCUUGACAGACCUAGCAUCCCGAGCAGCCACUACCACAGACAAGGUGUUCAACAGGCUCUGGAGCAACAUGUUGUUGUUUACAACCCUUUAGCAUGGAACAUCACCACUAUCAUCAGCUUAACAGUAACACUGCCAAAUGCAGCUGUUUUUGAUGAGGAGGGACAGCCACUGCCUGCACAGAUCCAGAGGUCAGCACAGUCCGAUGUGACCUAUGACCUUUUCUUUGUGGUGGAACUUGGGGGUCUUCAGCACAGGAAGUACUUAAUUAAGUUCUCUGAGAAGCCUUGUUCUGGGAGCUCUGAGUGUAGCUGGACUUAUGAACCUGAAGAGAUUUUGUUUGAAAGACGCAAUGUCCAAGCCGGGACAAAAACAGGGAGGGGGCUUCUGCCUGUUCUGAAUGACUGUUACGAGCUCAUGUUUGACCAGGACACAAAUCUACUGCACAGCAUUACUGAUCUCCAGGGAGAAAGGAAAGUAAUGAUGACUCAGGAUUUCUGGGAGUACCAUGCAAAUGGGGAUGUAAAAGCGGGGCCCAUCUCUGAUAACUACAUCUUCAGUGCCAAUAGCUCAGCUGUGCGGGCCUACAAGGCCGUGCAAAUGGAGAUUAUUCCUGGGAAGAUUGUGUCUGAGAUCAGGCAAUUCUUCUAUAGAGAGGAAGGUGAUAAAGACUACACUUACUCAAUCAUCACCCGUGUCCCAGAAUACCCUGGGACCAAAGUGCGGUGUCACAGACUGGAGCAAACCUACUCGCUGGGCCCCCUCCAUCUCAACACAGAGGUCAUUCUCAGGACCAGCUCCUCCUUGAAGAACAACAGGACCCUGUACACAGAUGACAAUGGCUACCAGAUGAUGAAGAGGCCAUACAGGAAGUUCACUAACAACACUUUAGCAAGAAACUACUUCCCCAUGGUUCGGACAGCCUACAUUGAGGAUGACAUCAGCAGACUGGUCCUUGUCAGCGACAGAGCUCACGGUGUGUCCAGCCCAGCUGAGGGACAACUAGAGGUCAUGCUCCAUCGACGUCUUUGGAACAACUUACCCUGGAACCUCGGCUACAACCUCACCCUCAAUGACAGCUCAGUAGUCAGGCCUACCCUGUGGAUGAUGUUGGGUUCCAUCAGUGCCACCUCCAUGCUUUACCAGCGUGAGGCAAUAGAGCUGCAACACAGGCCCGUCAUCAUGCCUAUAGACCAGCACCAGGGGCCCUGGCAGGAAAAGGAGCGUAGAAGCAAUUCUCCUGUGCGUGCAGUCGUCCUCCCGUCCAACCUCCACCUGCUCAGCCUCAGUAUCCCUGGCUGGAACUACAGCGCUAAUCAUGAUGUUCACCUCAGCCAGAUACACUCAGGUGUGGACCUGCACUCAGAGCCGGACUAUGAUCGGGUCCUCCUGAGACUCAUGCAUCUCUUUGAGGAGGGAGAAGACCCUGAGCUUUCGAAGCCAGUCACCAUAAACAUGAAGGAUGUUCUGCAGGGCAUAGGAGAAGUAAAAGUGAUGCAGGAGCGUUCUCUCACAGGAACCUGGGAUAUCACCAGUCUGCAGAGGUGGAAAUGGAAGACAGCAGACAACGCAGAAACAAAGAACAAAAGAUGGUGGACAAGUAGAGAUGAAGCUUUCACUGUAACCAUCUCACCCAAAGAGAUCAGGACCUUCUUCGUUCACUUCAGCUACAGGAACCAUUAGGCUGAGCUGCCUUGUCUUCUGUGAAGAUAGUUAAUCUUUAAUUUGUUCAAACGCCUAACUUCAUGCACACAUGUCAACAUGCCCAGCAAUAAAGUUUGUAACAAAUUAUGGAU